AUGAUUCUUGACGCAAACUGCGUCAUCGCUGUAUGCAACACCCGCGGCGAUGGGCAGGACUCGUACUUGAAUGUCAUCAGCGGCCCGACAUACUAUCGCUUGAUCAAGCAGUGGUGUGAGCCUCAAGGGUCUGGCGGUCGGGCCCCAGGCCCUGCUCAAAUAGAGGCAGGUUCAAACCAAUACGUCGAAGCCGGCGCCGUCCCAGCAAGUUUCGCUAGACGCAGCUCCAUUCGCACCACGACCCGCUCUGCUAAGCCGCAACUAAGAGUUGACUCGAAGACGAUAGAGGAGAUGGAGGUUUUCUGGGAGACGGUGAGGAACGAAACCAUCCAGCGUCAAUCCGAGCCUACUAUCCAGAAGAGACAAGAAGAAGUGCUUGUCCUCGGUCUGUCCAAGUCCGUUACUCAACCCGGCGUCAGCAACCGGAUGAGCGGCAUCACCUCACCCGGCGUAUCCACCGAGUGGUCGACUACAGAAGGCUUUUCCACCAGCGUCGGCGUGAGUGCCGAAUUAAGCGUCGGCUUCUUUGACAUCUUCACUGCAUCCGUUGGUAUCGACGUAUCUAUGGAAUUCAGUCAGGAGUACACCCGGACGAUUGAGUUUGAUCCAAGCAAGUCGUGCAGUACUUCACAGGAGGCCUUUAUGGUCUUCUUGCCGCACUUCGAUCACUACGUUGUCGCGGACGAGAACGGCAACCAGUACGAUAUCUGGAUUCCCGUAGAAGGAGGCGAUGUCGCAGUCCAGUGUCUUGGCUAG